AAGUCAAGGGUGAUAGCAACAGACAGUGAUCCAGAAGCUGCUGCACCAUGAAUGUCUCUGCACUGAGCCUCACCAGACUCCCAGGGAGCAUCUCUGGGUUCCUCCAGCUGGCCUCCCUGCUCAGCUUGCUUCUGUUCCUGUUCAAGGCAGCCCAGCUCUACCUGCGCAGGCAGUGGCUGCUCAAAGCCUUCCAGCAGUUUCCAUCCGCACCCUCCCAUUGGCUCUUUGGCCACAAGAUCCAAAAGGAUCAGGAGCUGCAACAGAUUCUGUCAUGGGUAGAGAAGUUCCCCAGUGCCUUUCCCCGCUGGCUCUGGGGCAGCAAAGCUCACAUGGUUAUCUAUGACCCUGACUACAUGAAGGUGAUUCUGGGGAGAUCAGAUCCAAAGGCCUCUGGUACCUACAGAUUCCUGGCUCCCUGGAUUGGAUAUGGUUUGCUCCUGAUAAAUGAACAGACAUGGUUCCAGCACCGGCGGAUGUUGACCCCAGCCUUCCACUACGACAUCCUGAAGCCCUACGUGGGACUCGUGGCUGACUCUGUCCGAGUGAUGUUGGACAAAUGGGAAAAACUCAUUGACAAGGACUCCUCUGUGGAGGUCUUCCAGCACAUCUCCAUGAUGACCCUGGACUCCAUCAUGAAGUGCGCCUUCAGUUACCAAGGCAAUGUCCAGUUGGACAGGCAUUCCCAGUCCUACGUCAAAGCCAUUGGGGACCUGAACAACCUGUUUUUUGACCGUGUAAGAAAUGCCUUUCACCAGAACGACACCAUAUAUGGUCUGUCCUCUAAUGGCCGUUUGUUCCACCGUGCCUGCCAACUUGCCCAUGAGCACACAGACCAAGUGAUCAAAGAAAGGAAGGCUCAGCUGCAGAAUCAGAGAGAGUUGGAGAAGAUCAGGAGGAAGAGGCGCUUGGAUUUCCUGGACAUCCUCUUAUUUGCCAAAAUGGAGAAUGGGAGCAGCCUGUCUGAUGAGGACCUGCGUGCCGAGGUGGACACCUUCAUGUUUGAGGGCCAUGACACCACAGCCAGUGCUAUCUCCUGGAUCUUCUAUGCUCUGGCUGCACACCCUGAGCAUCAGAAGAAGUGCAGGGAGGAGGUCCAGAGCCUCCUGGGGGACGGAGCCUCCAUCACCUGGGACCACAUGGACCAGAUGCCCUACACCACCAUGUGCAUCAAGGAGGCCCUGAGGAUCUACCCACCAGUACCAGUUGUUGUCAGAGAGCUCAAAACACCUGUCACCUUCCCUGAUGGACGCUCUUUACCCAAAGGAACAGCCUUCUGUGCAUGCAUGUCCCCUGCUGGCUGGAGGAUCAUGGCCUCACCCCAUGGGCAUCAUCGAUCUUCUCUCUGCCCCACAGGCAUCAUAGUCACACUGUCCUUUUAUGGCCUUCACCACAACUCAAAAGCGUGGCCAAACCCAGAGGUAUAUGAUCCUUUCCGGUUUGCACCAGAUUCUUCCCGACACAGUCACUCAUUCCUGCCUUUCUCAGGAGGAGCCAGGAACUGCAUCGGGAAACAGUUUGCCAUGAAUGAGCUGAAGGUGGCUGUGGCCCUGACCCUGCUCCGCUUUGAGCUGCUGCCAGAUCCCACCAGGAUCCCCUUUCCCAUUCCGCGACUUGUAUUAAAGUCCAAGAAUGGGAUCCACCUGCGUCUCAGAAAACUCCACUAACACUGUUCUGGAAUCAGAAAUCCAAAGAGGGUAUCACUGGUAUCACUGAGAGAAGACCAAAUUGUGGAUGUAAACAGCCUUCCUCUGCAGGGUUUAGAGAGAAUCUUGACCCUUGACUUCUCAAACUCGAGCUGCAUUCCUUGCUUUCCUCCAUACUGGCUCCCUUGUACUUCUUUGAAGCCAGCAUCUUUUCAAACUUCUUUCUCUUACUGUCUUCACAUUUCCUUCCUGUUUGUAAGGAACCUUAUAAUUACAUCAAGUCCAUCCAGGUGAUCCAAGAUUAUUUCCCCAUCUCAAGAUCCUUUACUUAAUUAAAACUUGAGUUCCUUUUGACAUAUGAGGUAACACAUUCAUGGGCUCUAAAGUUUAGGAUUUGAGCAACAUUAGAAGCCAAUAAUGAGCCCAACAGAAUCCCUCCCCAAAUGGCACCUCAUCUGUCUAUCUGAACCUCUCCUGCAUGGUUUCUGCCUACCUGAUUGUCUUUCACAUAAACCUCUCCAUCUCCCUCCUCCCUGAAAUAAAGUUCCUAAUAUCA